AUGGGUGAUCAACCCUCAAAAUGCUUAUGCUUUGAUUUCAAACCAGAGUCUGAUACGUUCAGAAUCAGAAGAAGCAUCUGCAACCACCCCUUUUGCACUGGCUGCAUAACCAACUAUGUUUCUGCCCAGAUACAAAACAGUAUUCUCAAUCAGAAUUGUCCAAAUCCAAAUAGUCAUGCGGAAGUGGAAUUGAAGCCUUUAUGUGGAAUUGAAGUUAUUGAUGGAUGGGAAUCUGCAAGGUGUGAGUCUUCAACUGCUGAAUGGGAAAAGACUUAUUGUCCCUUUAAGAAUUGUUCAGUUUUGUUAGUGAAUGAUGGAGAAAAAGUUGUGACAAGGGCUGAAUGCCCUUCAUGUCAAAAGCUAUUUUGUGCUCAAUGUAGGGUUCCAUGGCAUGCAGAUAUGACUUGUAAGGAAUUCCAAAAGCUGAAAAGGAAUAAUGAUGAAGGAGAUUUGGAUAGCAAGUUUUUGGAUUUGGCCAAAAGGAAUAGAAGCCAGAGAUGA